AGCCGCAGUGCUGCGGUCAGACAGACAUCAGACAGACAUCAGGACCAGUCUGAUGGUGCAGACCCGCCCGUCACAGUUCGUCUGACUUCAGUAACUGUCGGUGAGUUAACGGGUUGUUGCCGGUAUGAACACGGAGGAGACGAACGUGGAGCUGCAGGAUGCUGAGACCAAAGAUGUGGAGCCGAAGGAUGCGGCGGAUCCGGCUCAGGGCGCAGCGGAUGCUGAUGCGACGGAGGCCGAUGUGAGUGAGGCGGACCUGGACCAGGAGGAGCAGGAGAAGCAGCCGAUGACCGGAGGAGACCGGGAUGCGGACGCUGCGUCGGCCGGCGGAGACGCGGCGGCGGCGGCAGCGGAGAAGAACGGCUCCGUGAAGCUGAAGAUCCCCGAGGAGGUGGAGGGGGGGAAAUUCACCGGGCUGAGCAAGGAGGAGCUGCUGCGGGUGGCGGGAACCCCGGGCUGGGUGAGGACCCGCUGGGCCCUGCUGGUGGUGUUCUGGCUCGGCUGGUUGGGGAUGUUGGUCGGAGCCGUCUUCAUCAUCCUGCAGGCUCCUCGCUGCAGAGACCUGCCCCCCACCAACUGGUGGAACGACGGCCCCCUGUACCAGAUCGUAAACAUCCCGGCCUUCACCGACACCCACAACCUGAAGGGUCUGGAGCAGAAGGUCGACAGUCUGUCUCAGCUCAAGGUUAAAGGUCUGGUGGUCGGACCGAUCCACGUCGCUCCGCCUGACGACGCUAUGAGCCUGAGAUUCGAAGAGAUCUCCCCCGAGGCGGGAAACCUGGAGCAGUUUAAGGGUUUCGUUCAGGCUGCUCACAAGAAGGGUAUCUCUGUGGUUCUGGAUCUGACUCCAAACUACCAGGGAUCAUCUGGACCCUGGUUCUCCAACAUCAGUGUGACCAACGUUGCAGAGAGACUGAAGUCUGCUCUGGUGUUCUGGCUGAACGAAGGCGUGGACGGCGUCCAGCUGUCGGGGGUGGAGCGUGUGUCCGGCGUGGUGCCGUCUCUGUGGGCCGACAUCCGAGCCAUCGUCCAGAACAGGAUGGACGAGCGUCAGAACAGGAGGGUCCUGAUCGGCAUCACAGAGCGAUCCUCGGCUGAGGACGUGUCCUCCCUCCUCUCCUCCACCCAUGUCGACCUCCUGAUCUCCAGGGUCCUCCGUGGAGGAGACGUGGACGCCACGGAGCGCGCUCAGUCCGUCCAGUUCUUGUAUUCAAACCACAGCCAGACCAAGCUGGCCUGGAACCUGGGGGGCCGGGUCGAGGGUCACCUGGCGUCGCUGGUGGGCCCGGCUCUGGUGAAGCUGCACCAGCUGCUGCUGCUCACGCUGCCCGGGACGCCAGUCUUCAACUAUGGUGACGAGAUCGGCCUGAUGGACGAGGGCACCAAGUUCCCCAAGAUGCUUUGGGACUCUAAUGAGCGGCUGAAUGAGACUCUGCAGGAGGAGAGGGCGGAGCGUCUCUCCUGUCGCAGAUUUUUCCGCAGCGUGAGCGAGCUGCGAGGUAAAGAACGCUCCCUGAUGUUCGGAGACUUCGUGCUCCUCUCUAACUCCUCCUCCUCCCUGGCGUACCUGCGGGUCUGGGAUCAGAGCACGCGUUACCUGGCCGCUUUCAACUGGGCGGCGGAGGAGGCGGCGGUGCUGCAGCUGAGCGAUGCGACCCUGCCGCGGCAGGCUGCGGUGGUCAUCAGCACCAACAGCAGCGCCCUGCCUGCAGACAGCAGCGUGGACCUGAUGAACCUGUACCUCGGCCCCGGACAGGCCGCGCUCCUCAAGUUUCCCUACACUGGAUAGAGCAGAGGUUGAUUCACGCUUAUCUGUUAUCAGUUAGUACCUCCAGACAAAAUGGUGAUUAAAGGUCCGUGUAGACUGGAUUAAAGUGACAGGACACGGUCUGUAACACACAAGGAUACUCGUCCUGCUCAGAGUCAAAUCUCAGUCAGAUCUGAAAGGAGGGAAAUGAAAUACACAUUUUUAGAUUCAGUGUCACUUCACUUCCUGAUAUCACUAUCUCUGAUGUCCCGAAAAAGAUGCUCCUUCUACCUGCAGAACCUCAGAGA